CAUUUUUGACUGCUACUUGUAUAAACACACUAGAAGUAGACAGGUGCCCUGUGCUACCUAAAGUGGGGUGUGACGUAUGUUGUCCUGUGUCCUGCCUUGCUUCUGCCCCCCCCCCCUCCCCCCCCCCCCCCAUGUCGGAGUUGUAGUGCUGCUGACAUUGAUGGUUCCUUUGAAUCCUUCUCCCUGGCCAUUCGGCUUCCUUGUGUCCAGGUGUGGCAAGGCCUUGCGCAGCUCCCAAAUAGCACCAGAGCCGGCAGAAGCCGGCGUUCCGCUACGUCCGGACGUCCACCAGUACCAGCAGCAGCGGCUUGGUUCGGGACGUGACCGCUCACCGUCGCAACACGACGACAAGAACGGAGAUAGCGGCGAGAAGAGUGUCAGCAUCCCGUUGUUUGUUCCGGCGUCGGUCGAGGACAGGCUCGUGCCUGGGUCGGAGAAGUGCACAGGAGUCGUUCACAUUUGAUGUCUGCUGCAUCAGUGCUCGAGAAUUUACCAGAUAUGAAGUCAUCCUGACCAUCCCUCUUUGUUGAGUUUUUGAUUCAACGAGUCGCUGCCGCCGAACUUUUUGUCUUCUUUGUGUUGGACACAUGACUCGAAGGGAACGUUUAUAGAUUGAGCCCAACGCAAUGCUCUCUCUCCCUGCAUUGCCCCGUUGCAGCUGUUUCAAAAGCCCCGUGCUCUCUUUUAUGGUAGUUUUGUUCCAAGGCGCCCAGCGUAGUUGCCGCUGCACCUCUUCCCGUUUUUGUUGUACCUUGUAGUCCUAUUUGACAGUGUUCCGCAUUUCCACGUUUUGUCCCGCCGCACUUUUGCCUUGCCUUAUGGAGAAGUCAGCGUGACAGUGAACUGAAUUUUCGUCCGAAGAUGUUAACACUGGAUAAUGCGCACUUGAAAGGGAGCUUUGCACAGUUUUUUUACUGGGCCGAAUGAUGAAAAAUGUAACAGAAUAGCAUGUGCACCAUGCAGGCUGGGGCCUGAGUUACACUGAGUAGGGACAGCGAGUGUGAUCGGCAUCAUCGGAGAGAUCUACCUGCUCUGGCUUCUUCGUAGGGCAAGGCGGGACUGUGUGGACGCCAGGCCGACCACUACUGUGUGUAUGCACGGCUUAUGGCCCAGUAAGAGUUGUGUUGUGUUCAUUGGCCUGUGCUGGGCAAUGGUGUCAAGAAAGGUACUGAAGUUUGUCUUGUAGAUCUGACUACACUGCAUGAUGAGGUGUUGUGUUCCUGAAGUUUUUCCUCCUCUCCUGUUUGUACCAUUACAAAGUUACCGAUCUCAGCAUGUACCUCUGGUGUUUAGCCGCCCUGGCUACUUUGCUUUUUUUUAUCGAACAGGUGUUGAGUUUGUGUCGCCGUGUUGUGUUCUCUCUUCCCCCCCCCCCCCUCUCUCUCUCUCUCUCUCUCUCUCUCUUUCUCUCUCUCUCUUCUCUUUCUCUCUCUCUCUCUUCUCCUUUCUCUCUCCCUCCCUCUCUCUCUCUCUAUCUAUCUAUCUAUCUCCCUCUCUCUCUCUCUCUCUCUCUCUCUCUCUCUCUCUCUCUCUCUCUCUCUCUCUCUCUCUCUCUCUCUCUCUCGCUUUCUUUCUGUGACACCAUGAUCUAUGCGCACUAAAAUGCCAUCUCGAAAAAAUAUAUCGCUGUCAGUUAUCAAUUCCGGUUGGGAUAUUCUACUGUUGGAGCUCGCCUCCUUUCACUGCGUAUAUGCGUGUCAUGCCAUGUCUCGUCGAGUAUGUCACUGCGCUCACAUUCCAUCCCAAAUCAUUGUCUUUUUGUCUUCCUGCCAUCCCAAGUCAUUGUUCAACUGCAUGUUGUGCUCUGAAUUUUGACCCUGAUGCCGUUGGACGGGACCGGGGAUCUCCUGCUGUUGACCCACAUCGGACAGUGUAUGGCUGCAGCAAGCUCUGAUGUUUCCAGGAUGCACAGGACUCUGUCCAGGGAACAAGCAUAUUCUUGUGCAGCCAUACCAAUGCAGUUUGACACUAGUGCAUCUUGGCAUGCCCCCCCCCCCCCCAAACACUCACAUACACACAGAAAAAAAGAAGAAGAAGAAAAUAAUAAUGGUGGAAUCCCUUCUUUAGGGGUCACAAUGGCAGUGGUGCAUGUCAUGGUUGCCUUCACAUUGAUGCAACUAUGUGAUUAGCUGAGCCCUGUGGACCUCAGUCAAGUUAGCUGGCUGUCGGGGACAGUGUUGCCCCAUAUCCCCUAUUUGUGGCUGACCUGCAUGCCUUUAUAGUGCUUCCCUGGGGUGUACCGGGAAAUAGACCACCCGGGAAGAUCACUAUUGGGCUUACCCACCCUCCUUCCCAUGCACACACUGAAUAUUGGGUAGGGGGACUUCACCAUACGCAUGUUUACUGGGUCAUACUUGCAUGCUGUCAUCCUGUCACGCAUGGAGGAGGGGUUCUCCCUUAUCUUGGGUCCCACCACAAGCCAGUGCAGCAGGGUUCAUUUACUAACCUUCCUGUCAGCACCUGUUACCAUCUGUUACCCUAGUCAGUCAGUCAAUCAAUCACUCAGUCAUAGUCAUGCAUGAAUGCCAUAGCCACGGCCUUAGGCACGACCCUGUGUGUAUUUGUGUAGGUCUGUGUCUGCCGCUGCUGCUGCUGCUUUUAGUGGUGGUGGUGCUGCUGCUGUGCACAUACGCAUUGCCAUUGAUUGCCAUGGUCUGACCAGUCACUGGGCGGUGCUCAGUGUUUGAUGCAGUCUGACAUCAGCACUACCACCACUAGACCGCUGUCACAAACUAGCUGUCUGCUGCACAUUGGCACACAUGUGAAUUGUUUUGUAUUGUCUGGAUUCUCCAGAGGUAAAUGAAGACCUCUCUUGGGAGUCUCUCCAAAAAUGAUAGAUAAAGAGAAUAUGAAAAUAUAUAGUAAAGUAUGCCUGUGUAGCCUCCACCACGAUUGCCUUCAGUGGACCGCACUGAACACUUCCUUGUGUCACAAGCCAACGCCAUCUGCCAGUGUCAUCUACCACCGCCAUCCAGUGCAGUCACCGUCGCGUGCAUGUGUCCACAACGCCAUCACUGCAUAUAAACAGGUAACGACUCCCUCUGUCAUUCAUUCAUAGCCACUCAAUGACGUACGCUAUCAUUUUAUGCCGUUUUUUGCGCGUUGUGCCUCGGUUGCAUUGUUAUACAAGUAGCAAAACUCUGUACAGGUCUCGCCGUCGUUUCUCAACUACUUCAUGUAGUAUUCUUGGCACGAAAUUCUUUUACAGAUUAAAAUGGAAUUUAUCCUAAGGGGUUCUGGUGAUUUUGGACCCCUUUGAAGCUCAUUAAUUUAAAGGCAAUUUUAUAGUGUAUUGCUAUGAAAUAGAUUGGUACCAUAUCGUGUACCCCUUUUCAAAACAACACAGUUACAUACUUAAUAAUGCAGGUAUGACUGCGGGCAGGUUUUAAUGCUGACUCUUCGUCUCUGUGUGUGUGUGUGUGCGUGUGCGCGUGUGUGUGUGUGUGUGUGUGUGUGUGUGUGUGUGUGUGUGUGUGUGUGUGUGUGUGUGUGUGUGUGUGUGCCAUUGUUAUUGCUGUGCAUGUGCAGGAUGUGCAGGCGUCAACGUCCCGUUGCUGAAUUGGCAAAGGAUCGAGAGCGGCGGACAUCUGAAGCCAGUGGUGUUGUGCUGAUGGAUGACCAGGGAGUGCGUAAAGACAGCAUUGAAUCUGCAGAUUAUUCUGCCCGCUACCAAACACACGAGGGCACUGUGAACACCUCCAUCAAGUAUCACAAAACUGACACACCAAGCAUGUGGGUAACGCAAGGAUCCAUGUCAUCAGGUAGCACAACCCAGCCCACACAUCUCGUAUCAUCAGCAACUGUCAUCGUCCCUACGCCCGGUCUAUCAGGCCAGACCGCCGCACAGAAACCAUCCUACAGCAAGCCUUCGCGCGACACAUUCAACCGCAGCCAUGGUCAACACGGAUCGGGUACAGCCACGGAUCUGCAGGCGGCGGCAUAUCAGGCGCUGGCAUCGGGAUCACCUCGCAAUGCAACCGAAAGGUUUAUGAGUGCUGCUCAGCCUCACCCACCGCCUUCAACGCCACGAAAACCUGACAACAACAGCGGACUUAACCCACAGGAAACCUACUCUCACCUGAGCCGCUGCGGCUCGAAUGCCGACGGCGUUUCCGUGAGUGGCUACUUGACAGCGCGCACACCGGAGAACAAUGCGGCUGCCCCUCCAGUAGAAGCUUACGGAAGUCUUCACCUGCCAGCAGUGUAUGACGCACUGCAAGACAUGAACCAGAACAAGUCCGUAUCAGACUCCCCCUACAGCCUGUAUGGCGAAGUGAACGAUGGCGUUCGUACCCCGUCUCGUGGUGCUUCACCAAGCGUUGGAGCCAUGGCAAUGGCAGCAGCGGUGCCAGCCCAGACAGCAGGACGCUGCACUCCCAACAGAAGCGGAGUUCCUUCAUUGCGUGAACAGCCACCAACACCACAAGCCAGCAGUCGAGCGGCGUCAGUGAAACAUCCAGACGCCGCCAUGGCCGAAGCUCUACAGUUUGAGGAGUAUGAGUGCUACGGACCAGCACCUGUUCCCUUGCAUGAUGCUGGAGAAGCUGCAGCUGAAAGAUUCAUGCAUAUUCCUGGUCACAUCAGCCCCAACCAGGCGCAGAAUCUCCGCGGCAUGGCACCUAAUCCAGCAAAUCUCCCAGGACCUGUGCAUGGUGCGUGCGACUCAUAAAAGCUAGAAUGAACAAGAAUAAAAAAUAACCCCGUGCACGAGCCUCUAAGCCCACUGCCUCACCCUCACGACCUACCAUUUUAUGGCGUCAUGUUGCCGUGAAGAAUUUCCUUGGAGCACACCCCACUAAUGUUUAUCAGUUGAUAUGCAUUCUAUGUGAGCCCUUUGUUCAUUCCUUUGUAGAUGCAUUUAGCUGCAAGGUACGCAGCCGAUUGUAGGCGUGUAGGCCUGCCUGCCUGUUUUUUAUCUUGACUUACUCGUUGGUGUUGGGAGUGGAUCAGGAGAACAUGCUUGCCUGGUCCAUCUUGUGACACACGGCGCCUUUUGGAUUGUUUUUGUGUGAUUUUAUUAUGCCGCACGUCAUCCCUGUUGCAUGUUACUUCAUCCGUUGUUACUCUUCAUGCAUGUACCCUUAUUAGGCAGGUCUUUGCUCUUGUCCAUCACUUUUUAUUUGCUUUUCAAACACAUUGUGUUCAGAAAACUAGGACUGUAUUAGUUAGGAAUAGUAUGAGCAUGUACUUAUAGCUUGAGUGUGUUGUGACCAAUUUCUGCUUCCAAUUUGUUUUGUGUGUUAUUGUGCGUAUUUAGCUUUCUGCUUCCAAUUUGUUUUGUGUGUUAUAUAAUGUGUGCGUAUUUAGCAAUAGUCCAAAAACAACCGUGCUUUACUGUUA